UUCAGUUUAGGAGGAUGAUGGGCAUGAUUUUCCCUUUUAAUUUCUAACUGGUGAUGAAGUUAUUACUCACCCCGUGUUACAACAUAUAGCUCCCCUAUAUUUUACUGACACCAAGACACGUGAAAAAUAAAAGACUUGAAUUUUCAAUACGCGUCAUAGUUAGAUGAAAUACAGUUACACCUUUUUGUGGAAAAGCUGUGCGUGACACGGUUUAAGCACCAGGCGGCGGCAUUCAUCCCACAAUAACCUUCUCAAGCCCGGUUGUGAUGUGUUUCAUAGCGGUGCAGAAUGUGAAAGAGCUAUUCAUUUUUAAAGGUCUGAGCAUUUGACUGAUAUUUGCUUGAUAUUAGUUCGAUUUUUUUAUUUAUUUAUUUUUUUCUUAAAUCAAGAGCUGUUUUCAGUAGAUUGGUUGUACAGAACAACAAACCAAAGGGGUAAACGUCCGCUAUUCCCCCGAGAUGCCGUAGGGAUCGAUACCAAAAAUAUGUUUAAAGACAGAAUUGGUCAAGUAAUGUUUUAUAAACGCAUGCCUUUGUCCUUAUUUUCCUGGCCUGCGCGCGAAACUUUCAAGUUGUACUUUACACAUAACGGGCUUUUCCAAUUUCCUUCCUUAGACCAAAAAAAAAAAAAAAAAGCACCUGCAUGUCAAACAUUCUGGAGGAUAUGUGCGUCCAUGAAUCUCAUAGGCUCGAUUAACUACACUGUGACAAAACAUGAUUUCAAAAGCAGUUUCAGGUGAUUAUUUUUAUUAUUAUUAUUUAUUUAUUUUUAUAAGCCGAUGCCGUUUGUAUAUUUUCAUUUUAAUUACUAUAUUCGGAGAAUUAUUAUUUGAACAAAAGCAGGUUGCUGUUAAGGUUGGUAACUCAGCAUCACUGAGCAUCAACAGCAUCCUACCUACUUAUAAAUUCAUGAUGAGCUCUAAUAUGAGUACAGAUAUGGAAGACGAUGAAUUACCCAAUUGCAUUAAAACAAAAUAAUUAUCCUAACGUGUAAAAAAUGAAUAAACAUGACAGUGAGCACUGAUGUUUUCCGAGUCUUAAUGAGUUUGACAUGUGGCAAAUACUUAAGAUUUGUAAUAACUGAAAGUAAACUAUUAAAUAAUAUGCUAUGUAUUAACAUAUAGAUAGAGUUUAAUUCAUAUACUCUUCCUAUGUCUGCCUCCAAUAUGCCAGUACCUGUAUUUAAGCAGAAGUCCCAAUUGUCCUAAUGACAAACAUGGCUGCUAUAUGCCACGCCCACCACUCCAAUUAUUCUUAAAAAACAGCAUAAAUCUGAACCAAACGACGCAAUAUGUAAUUUUUUUUCAAGACUGCCUAUUACAGAAGAUGUUUAAAAUGUGUCAUAGCAUAUAAAGCUUUAUUUGAGCCUUCAGUGUCAUUGCAAAGUUGAAAUAGUGCUUCUAAGGGAGACUCCAAUCUCCAACACCAAAAGGAUGAUAAAAUGUAAAAAAUAUGUAUUUGUUUAAUGUCAAAAUGUGAAAUACCACAACAUUCUGUUAAAAGAGAUGUUGUUAUAUGCACUCUAAUAGCGAAUAUCACUAAGAAAUAAGUCUUUUUACGAAGCCUUUGAAUAUUCAAAUUGAAAGUAUCGCGCAAUCAAAUCAUUGUCAAAUCAUUGAGUUCUUGGGGUUUUAAAUAGUAGGGAUGAGGGAAGAAAAACUCAAACUAAAAUAUCCCUAGCUAUAUUACUGUAUAAUUGUAUGUCCUGAGAGUGUUUUGAGGUUACUUUAUUGAGACUUUUUGAGACUUUUGUGAAUAAUUCGUUCUUGCCCAUUUAAUAGAGCAAAGAACUGACGUUGGGUUAUUUCACUGUAGAUCUUCCAGAGUUUUCCUCCUUUUCAGGCCAAUAUGUCUGCAGAUAAACCCAAGGUAUACCAAGGUGUGCGUGUGAAGACGACAGUAAAGGAGUUACUGCAGAAACACAGAGCCUUGCAGGCACAGAAAAUCGCAGUGAAAUCACAAGCCAUGGAUGGUCGCGAUGUCUGCUCUGCAACCUUGAAUACUCAUCUUGAUAUCUUCUCUGAAAGGCAAGCUCCAGAGCCCUAUUUUCAGACACGUCCCUAUACUGAAAAUGCCAACAUCCAGAUGGAGAAUGCGUAUGAUCAUCAACAGAUGAUGAACAUGAUGCCACCUGAGACUUUCAGCGGCAGUAAUAUCGUGUGUCCCACAUCUGCGCAGUGGUCAAAUGGAUAUAUAUCUUCAACUACGGACAUCUAUGGUGCAAGCCUGGUUUCGAGCUCACCAUCAGACUCCUUAAAUCUACCCAGUCCUGUCGAUUACAACAGUUACUCCCCCCCUCGGUCACACUCUUCAUCUUCAUCUUGUUACAGCUCCCCAACACGGAUGGAUAUGAGCUCCAGUUUCUCUCCAGAAAAUUACCACUAUCAGCAUUGUAACCUCCAGCAUUGCUUUUGUCUGUCGCACUGGUCCAAUCUGCAGGAUGGCAUGCCGACCUCAGAAUAUGCGCCCUAUGGCUCAUCAGACUGUAUGUUUUCAUAUAGUGACGACAAUUAUUUCAGAAGGAAUAUUUCAAACUCAGAUAUGUGUUACUUAUAAAAUGAUCUGAAGCACUUUGCGGGACGACCCAGUGUCAUAACUGAAUAAGUUGCAUUUGUUAUAUUUUAGUUUAGGUCAAGGAAACAAGCAAUGACAGAAUGCAUGAUUGGGAUUAGUGUAUAGUGGAGAAUAGUUUGAUAAGCAACAAGGUUGACUGCAGAGUUAAAUGUGUGAGUAUAAUUUACGAACAAAUUUUUCAUUUAUCUUUUCUACAAUAAACAUAUUUUUUCGUAA